AUGGGCGACUCGCAGCUAAAUAGCAACGAGGUGGCGUUCCCCAGAGGUGGGGCGUCGGCCUUGACCCCGUUGGAGGUGAAGGAGAUCCACCACCGGGCGGCCCGCGACGUGUUGUUCGAAGCCGCCGACCAGAACAAGCGGAAAAAGCUGGCCAAGCCCACGCAGCGAAAGAAGGCGAAACGGGCGCCCACCAGCGACGCCACCGCCGAAGAAGAUGAAGAAACCAUCAUCGAACACUUGCUGCUCAAGCUGUUACCCAAGGGGACGCCGUUAUUGGGGCAAAUCGUCCACGUGGGCAAGCACGAGAUGGCGGUGGCCGUCACCGAUAACGUCAUGGGUUACGUGUCCAUCGCUCACGUGUCCCCGGAAGUCACCGCCCAGAUCGAGGCCUACGAGGACGCCGAGGCCCUGGAUGACGACGACGACGACGACGAAGACGGCGCUACCAUCGCCAACACCGUCAACCCCGCCCCCGAGCUCACCAAGUUGUUUAAGGUGGGCCAGUGGGUGCGGACCGUGGUCUCUUCCAAUGAAGUCGACGACAAGCUGGGUAAGCGUAGGCUCCAGCUUUCGGUGGAGCCGCAGGAGGCGAACCAGGGGAUGGACGCCGACGACAUGGUGGUGAAUAACCUCGUGCAAGUGUCGGUGGCGCUGAUUGAAGACCACGGGGCCAUCGUCACUACUGGCAUUAACAAAGUCCACGGGUUUAUCCCCCACAAACACCUUGAUUUCACCCCGCAAGUGGGGCAAGUGUUGUUGGCGCAAAUCGAGCUGGUGAAGAACCGCGCCGUCACCCUCAAGCGGGCGCAGCCGAUGAACAAGAAGCUGGCGGUGACCACGAUCUCUCAGAUUGACGCUGUCAGACCGGGGAUGGUCGUGAGUGCCCUCGUGGCCCUGGUGCUGCUGGGGCUCGCCUGUCGUUUGUUCGGGAUGAUGGACGGGUCGGUGGCCCUCUCCCAGCUCCACAUCUUUGACGACGCCACGUUAACCCACAACUACGCCGUCGGCCAGCCCGUCACUGCUCGGGUAGUGGGGGUAGUCGAGAGAGAAGGCGUCAAGCGGGCGUUGUUGUCCGUGCUUGACCUGGUGGCCAACUUGGACGCCACUGUCGCCAAGCAGGCGGCGUUAGAGGCAUGGCCCCAGGGGUCCCGCUUUGAAGCGGCCACCGUCGUCGGCGCCGACGCCGACUUCAUCUACGUCAAACUCAGCGCCGACUUCUACGGGCAGGUGCACAAGCUGGCGGUGGACCCGCUGGCCGCGCUGGACAUCGCCCUGGUGUACCUUGUCGGGAGCACCCACCGCGCCCGCGUCACCGGCUACAACGACAUCGACCAGUUGUUCACGUUGACGAUGGACCCGCUGAAGAUCGACUGCCAGUACAUGUCGGUGGGCGACAUCCCCCUCGGCGCCACCGUCCCCGUCGAGAUUGUCGACGUUGAGGGCGAAGGGAAAGGUAUCAAAGUGAAGCUUGUCUCCGGUGGGUUUGACGGGUACGUCGCUCCCGCCCAAGUGAGUGACGUCAAGUUGGUGUACCCUGAGCGUAAGUUCCGUCCUGGCCUGAAACAGGUGGCUAGAGUCGUCGGGAAGCGUGGCGGCUCGGUGUACCUCACCCUCAAGAAGCUGUUGUUGGCGAUGGACGAAGACGAUAUCAUUUCCAACGUAGAUAACGUCGUUGUCGGCCAGAAGCUGUUGGCCACCGUCGAGCGGUUUGUCCCCAACGGGGCGAUCGUCGCUUUCUUCGGCAACGUCAAGGCCUACUUGCCCAAACACGAGAUCCUGGAACUGUUUGUCGACAACGCCAGCGACGUGUUGCGCGUGGGGCAGCUGAUCCCCGUGACCAUUCUCUCGAAACAGACCGUCGACGAACAGGUGAGAAUCACCGUCACCCGCCGCCAGCUGGCCGAGCUCGGCGAGCAACAGCGCCAGGCGAUGGCCACCAUCGUCCCCGGCCACUUCCGGUCUCAGGCGACGGUGGUCGAGCGCACUAAGGACGCCGUCGUCGUCGAGCUUGCCGACCUGGGUCUCCACGGGACCAUCCCCAACGGGCUUCUUUCCGACGGCAACUACGAGCAGAACCAAGCCUUGGCCAAGCUGAUGGCCACGGGAUCCACCGUCGAAGUGUUGGUGGUGGAAAAGGACCCCCGCUUCCGUUCUGUUACCUGUACCACCAAGCCGCUGAUGCUUUCCGGCGUCGUCCCCUCGUCGUUUGACGAGGUCGAACAGCACGUCGGCGACACCCUCAGCGGGUACGUGAAGCUGGUGACGCUGAUGGGGUUGUUUGUCGCCUUCGCCAACCGCUGCGUCGGGCUUGUGCUUGCCCGCCACGCCGCCGGCGCCAACGAGGACUUGGCCAAGGCCUACUCGAAGUACCAGCUGGUGCUGUGCCGCGUGUUCAACACCGACGUCGACAACCAGCGGUUUUUGCUCACUUUAGGUGGCCUGGGCACCGCUGAACUUUUGGUAAACCCCGUGGACAAGACGAAGAAGCUGACGCUGGAAUACACUGAUGGGUGCAUCACCAAGGGUAGAAUCAGAGAGGUGACGCCGCUGCACUUGGUGGUGGCGUUGGCCGACAACUGUGUUGGUCGUGUCGACGCGCUGGUGGCGUUUGACUCCUACGACGAAGUCACCGACGCCAAACACCCGUUGCUGGGUUUCAAGGAGGGGAAGAAGAUCAAGGUCAAGGUGUUGGGGUUGCACAGACCGCGCAAGGGCCGCGGCAUGCCCCAGGAACAGGCGCUGCAGCACCAGGUGUUCGACCUUGCCCUUGGCGACCCUAAGUUGAAACUGUUGAAUGAAUACAAGCCUGGCGACAAAGUGGUGGCGUUCGUCAACGGCAUCCACUCCGGCUACGCCUGGGUGUCGUUGCUGCCCUCAGUUACCGGCAGAGUGUCGUUAAUCGACAUCAGCGACGAGCCCAACCACGAGGUCGCCCUCGGGGAAAUGGUCCACUUGACGGUGGUUUCUACCGAUGCCGAACACAACAUCGUCAAUUUGAGCGGUCGCCUGAACCCCAUCACCCUGUUUGACGACGUCAAAGUGGGGCAAAAGCUCCCCUGUCGCGUGGUGAAGGCGAUGGACGUGCUUGUGCUUGUCGAACUCGGUACCGGGGUCGUGGCGCUGGCCUACAUUACCGACGCCGUCAACGACUACACCGAGACCCGCCCGCUCCCGGAAUUGUUCCCCGAGUCGACUCUUCUCGAGUGUACCGUGAUUGACCUCGACCACGACGCCAAGCGGAUUGCGGUGUCGUUGCGCACCGACCCCAAGGACCCCACCAUCAACUCGGUGGCCGACUUGGAGGUGGGCAAGAAGAUCAACGGUUACAUUAAGAGUAUUGGCCCCCAGGGGGUCUACGUGGCUCUUGGCCGCCUGACCUACGCCCUCGUGCGGGUGUCCGACUUGUCGGACGAGUUCUUGGCCGACUGGAAAAAGCACUUCAAGCAGUUCCAGCCGGUGACGGGGAAGAUCACCGAGUGCCGCCAGGCGGGGAGAGUGUUGAUGACGUUGAAGGACCUGGAGGUCAACGGCAACAACACUCUGUUCAAGAAGUUCGACGAUAUUAACGUCGGCGACGUCUGCGAAGGUACCGUGCGCAAGGCCACCGACUUCGGGGUGUUUGUCAAGCUCGAUGGCUACGUCAACUUGCUGGGUUUGUGCCACAAGCUGGAGAUUUCUGAUGCUAUGGUCAACAACCCUCUGGAGUUGUUCUCUGAGGGCGACAGAGUCAAGGUGAUUGUGUUGCGCAAGAACGUCGAAAAGCGCCAGCUCUCGCUCGGGAUGAAGGCCCUGUACUUCACUGAAGACAAUGACGAUGAAGAAGAUGACGAAGAUGAAGUUAUGGCUGAGAACGACGACGACGAAGAGGACGAAGAUGUGGUCAUGGAAGAAGCCGCCGGUGACGACGCCGCCGACUCGAGCUCUGACGACGACGACAACGCCGCCGAAGCCGAAGCCACCACCGGGCUCGCCACCCUGGGCUUCGACUGGACGGCGCUGAUCUUGGACCAGAUCAACGACGCCAGCGACCUGGACUCCGACGACGACGAGGACUUCAUGAAGAAGAAGAAGCGGUCGAAGAAGCAGAAGGUCGAGGACAAGACCGGCGACCUCUCCACCCGCGCCCCCGAGUCGGUGGCCGACUUUGAGCGGUUGAUCGUCGGUAACCCCAACUCGUCGGUGUUGUGGAUGAACUACAUGUCGUUCCAAUUGCAAUUGAGUGAGGUCGACCGCGCCCGUGAAAUCGGCCACCGGGCGUUGAAGACGAUCGCCUACAGAGAGGAACAGGAGAAGAUGAACAUCUGGAUCGCGUUGCUUAACUUGGAAAACACCUUCGGCUCCGAGGAGACCUUGGAAGCUACCUUCAAGGACGCCUGCCAAUACAUGGACUCCUACGUCAUGCACCAAAAGCUCGUGGGCAUCUACACCAUGCUGGACAAGCACUCCGCCGCCGACGACGUCUACCAGCAGAUGGUGAAGAAGUUCGGCAAGGAACACUUGUCGGUGUGGACCCACUACGGCGAGUGGCUCAUGGACCGCAAUCGGGCCGACGACGCUCGCGAAUUGUUGGCGAGAGCCUUGCUGGUGUUGCCCAAGCGUAACCACAUCGAAGUGGUGCGCAAGUUUGCCCAAAUGGAGUUUGCCCGUGGCCACCAAGAACAAGGGCGGACGUUGUUUGAAGGGUUGGUCCAGGACGCCCCCAAGCGGAUCGACUUGUGGAACGUCUACAUCGACCAGGAAAUCAAGGACGGCGACAAGGAGAAGGCGGAAGACUUGUUCGACCGGGUGCUCGCCAAGAAGAUCACCAAGAAGCAGGCGAAGUUCUUCUUCGGUAAAUGGUUGGAGUACGAGGAGAAGAUGGACGAUACCAAGAUGCAAGAACGCGUCAAGGCCAAGGCCAAGGCCUACGUCGAGGCCCAACAAUAA